GCGAUGCCUUGGCAGCAGCGGCAGCAGCGUGGUUGGAGACAUUAGCAGCUUGUUGGCCAGCUGCUGCUGCGGCGGUCGGCGGCGAUACGGGAGACAGUUGAGCCGAUGUUGUUGCGCCGUGGGGCCCAGUGACAUGUGAUUAACCCAAAAGGGCACGUUUGCAGCCAUUCCGCUCGGAAAUAUGUAAAUCGGCGGCAUGAAAUCGAUACAUUCGCUUUCAGUUGAACGCCAACCACGUGGUAGUUAACGUGUUCCCCGCCGCCGCGCCGCUUUACACCAAAUCACACGCUCCAAAGCAAAGUUUCUCGCGCCCGUUCCCGUUCUCACGGAGUAGCGCGUGCCGCGGAACUAAUCUGUCGGUGUUUUGAACGCGGCCACGGUAGUUGUUGGGGUUUCACGGCACUGUGUGCGUAGCAGCCAUGGUGCCGUGUGCUAAACUUAGCUUAGCAUGGCUAACGAGUCGGCUACCAGGACGCACUCGUUUUCUAACCGCGUCGUGUGCGCGCGGACUCGCGUCCACGCGUGUGUCUUGGCGUGUUUAACUGAAAGGUGUCGUGAGUGCGACUGGGUGUCUCCGUCCCGGAGCAGCAGACCAGAGAGUGGCCGCUUAGCUUCGUGCUAACGGUGGAAAGCAUUGUUCUCCACGAUGCCAGGGGGCCUGCUGCAGCUGCUGCUGCUGGCGGAGUCACAUUUCACUGUUGCUGCUGUCCAGACUGCCCGACGCGCCCUCCGGCGGCCAUGUUGAAGAGCCACAGCUGACAACAGCUGAUUUCAUCUCUAAACUUUAAUAACAGCGGCACGUUUCAACUGCGUGGGAUGGAUGCAUUUGUUUGCUUAAUGGUUCACGCACUUCUCCCCCUGAUCAAAUGCAACAAAGAGGGGUUUGCCACCAUAACAUCCAAUCUCGUGGGGCGGUGUGUGAGUGAGGGGGCACUGAGUUCAGCCAAACUCCAAGAUCUCCAUGCGGCUAAACUGAGGAAUCCUGGCCAACAUCCCCCUCAGUCCGGAGACGGCCCAGGACCAGGAGAGACGAAUCCGCCGUGAGAUUGCCAACAGCAAUGAACGCCGGCGCAUGCAGAGCAUCAAUGCCGGUUUCCAGUCUCUCAAAACAGUCUUGCCCCACACAGACGGAGAGAAACUUAGCAAGGCGGCCAUCUUGCAGCAGACAUCAGACUACAUCUUUGCCUUGGAGCAGGAAAAGACGCAGCUCCUGGCACAGAACAACCAGCUCAAACGCUUCAUUCAGGAGUUUAGCGGCUCAUCACCCAAGAGGAGGCGAGCAGAGGAAAAGGAUGAAGGCAUCGGGUCUCCAGACACGCUGGAGGAGGAGAAGGUUGAGGAGGUGAGGAGGGAGAUGUUAGAGCUGCGACAGCAACUGGACAAGGAACGCUCCGCUCGUCUGCAGCUGGAGGAACAGGUGCGAGCUCUGAACUCCCAGCUGCAACCAGAGCGUCUGAAGGUGAUCACUCAGCAGGUGGAGGAGGAGCAGGCGCUCAUCCAGAGCCAGACGCUGUUACGGCUGCAGCAGAUCCACGCUGCCGACAGACAACCACACAGUCCACAGGUGCUGGCGUCUCCCACCCCCCCUGCCCCAACCCGCCACCCCACGGUCAUCGUUCCAGCCCCGACACUAACCCAGCACCCCCACCACCACGUCACCGUGGUGACCAUGAGCCCUUCUGUCCACACCAGCACCGUGUCCACGUCCAGACAGAACCUGGACACUAUUGUGCAGGCCAUCCAGCACAUCGAACGCGCUCAGGAGAGGAGAGCGAGUGCCGAGGAGGAGCAGAGACGAGCCGUCAUCGUUAGCCCCGCCCACGUCGCCAUGGACACCGCCUGCUCAGACACAGACACCGACACAGAGGCCGAGGACUGCUCGAUGAACUGAUCCCCCCCCCACCCCAUGAACUCACAUACACACACACAAACACUUAAAUACCUACUCACUGUAAGAUUCCCUCCAGGAGCUUGACUACUUUAAAAAAAAUAAUUUCGUUGGCAUUACCCAAACUCCUAAAUCCAGUGGUUAAGCUCUGUGUCAGUCUUGUACUGUAAAAUCAAAAAAAAAUCGUAUGGUCAUCGCGAGAGGAGGCCCUGUGGGAUUUCUGGAAGCUGUUUUUCAAUGCCAGAGCCGGCCUGUGGCGACUUGGAAACUCGAGGGUCUCCUCGUGUAAAAAGCUCUCGUCACCGGUCCGUCCUCCUGUGUGUUUGUGUGUGCUACAUGCAGUCGCAGUAUCACAGUUAACUGUCGUCACUGGCACGCUGACAGUAUUAUUUGUGCGACAAAUUGUUGGAGCCAGUACAGUGGAGAGUUGAAUGUAACAACACAAUAAGCAAGCAGCUCUUGAAUCUGAAAAGGGACAUGGAGUUGCAGAUAUUUCUUCCACCAGUCUUAAUUACUUAGUCUUUUUGUUUCCUGGUCGGCUCGGUGAUAUUCUAGUGCCAGUGGCCACGAAACUCAACUUAAACUACAACAGAAGGCAUUUCUAAAUUAAAAAGUUAGGGACUAAUUAAAACUUAAUAUCAAAGUAAAUUUGAGGAAAGAUGUUUAUUGAAAUUAUGUCUGAUUUACUUGAAACAGGUUGUGUUUUUGAUAUCUAAAUAAGCCCUUAUAAAAUAAGCUGUUGAACAAUU